CCGGGCUGAAGCGCGGCCAGGGGAGGGGGUGAGCCAUGUCCCUGGCGGAGCGGCCGCGGCGGGAGGAAGAGGAGGAGGAGGAGGAGGAGGGGGAAGAAGAGGAAGAAGGGGCCGGGGCCGGCGCGGGGAAGGAGGAGGUGGUGCAGAUCCGGCUGGGGGACAGGCGGUACCCGGUGUGUAAGAGGAAGCUGAUCGAGCAGAGUGACUAUUUCCGAGCCCUUUACCGCUCGGGCAUGCGGGAGGCAGAGCGGGGCCAGGAGGAGCAGCUGCUGCGCGGGGGGCUGAGCGCUCCGGGGCUGGAGCUGGUGCUGGACUUCAUCAACACCUCCCGCCUGGCCGGGCUGGAGCAGGAGGAGGAGGGGGACGAUGAGGAGCAGCCCCCCUUGCUGGAGGAGCUGGUGGAGGCCGCUUCCUACCUGCAGGUCACCCCCUUGCUCCGCCUGCUGCUCUCCCGGGUGAGGCUGGGCAACUGCUUCGAGCUGCACCGCCUGGCCCAGGUCUACGGUCUGCAGGACUUGCAGGACGCCUGUCUGGACUUCAUGGCCGCCCGGUACCAUCAGGUGCUGCGGAGGCCCGAUGCCCGGCCGCAUCUCCUCCUGCCCCACGCUCUCCGGCAGCACCUGAAGGAGAGGCGGAUGAGGGGCACCGCCGCCCUCGUCGCCGUCGGGGACUUCGUGGGCGCCUCCUCCCCGGGCCUGCCACCGGCCCGUCACCCUCAGGUGGAAGCCCCCUGGUCGAUGCUGAGGUACGACGAGGAGGCGCAGAGGUGGCUGCCCCUGGCCAACAACCUGCCCCCCGAUCUGGUGAACGUCCGAGGCUACGGGUCGGCGAUGCUGGACAACUACCUGUUCAUCGUCGGGGGCUACAGGAUCACCAGCCAGGAGAUUUCGGCCGCCCAUUGUUACAACCCUCGCCUAAACGAAUGGAGUCAGCUGGCUUCAAUGAACCAGAAGAGGUCCAAUUUUAAGCUUUUGGCUGUAAGUGGAAAGCUCUAUGCCGUCGGUGGUCAAUCCCUUUCCAACGUGGAGUGCUAUAACCCAGAAAACGACUGGUGGAAUUUUGUGGCAUCCAUGCCAAACCCUCUUGCAGAAUUCUCAGCUUGCGAAUGCAAGGGCAAGAUCUAUGUUAUUGGAGGAUACACUACACGAGAUAGGAAUAUGAACAUUUUGCAGUACUGUCCCACUUCUGAUUCCUGGACCAACUUUGAACUUUGUGAUGUCCAUGUUCGCAAACAACAGAUGCUAUCUGUUGAAGAAACUAUAUAUCUGGUAGGGGGUUGUAUUCAUGAACUUGGACCAAACCAAAAAUCCAGCCAAAGUGAGGAUGUGUUAACUGUGCAGUCUUACAACAUUGCUACCAAAGAAUGGCUCUACCUCAAAGAGAACACAUCAAAAUCGGGUCUUAACUUGACUUGCACUCUCCACAAUGAUGGAGUCUAUAUAUUGAGUAGGGAUAUUACUCUAUCUACAAGCUUGGAGCACCGUGUUUUUCUUAAGUAUAAUAUAUUUACGGACAGUUGGGAGUCACUAAGACGCUUUCCAGCCUUUGGACAAAACAUGCUGAUCUGUUCUCUGUAUUUGCCUGAUGUGCAACAAGUGUAACAGCAUCAGGUUUUUCUUUUCAGCUCAUUAAUCAUUCUUGGAAGAAAUAUUGCUCCCUCUAAUAAUUCCAUUUUCAGAAUGUAAUGUGUUUGCAUAACAUAGACAUAAAAUACUGAUUCUGUUCUUUAAAAAAGUUGCAAAAUCCAAUAUUAAGAGAAAUGCUUCCAGAAACAUUUUUAAGAUUUCAGUUUAAAAAUUUUAUUGUUUUGGAUUAAAAUUUCACCAGGUAUUGUUUGCAAUUGAAACAUAAAAUUAUUGUGUUGGUAACUGAUAAAGGAAUUCCAAAGGCAAAACUGAUCAGUGUAGUUUUAUUCUCCGUCUUAAUAGACAGCGUAGAAGAUGAGCAAGAAGUAUACAUGGUAAAAGGGGAAAUAAUUCAAUAAAGUAAAUAAUAAGUAUAAUAAAAAUUACAAAGGGAAUUAUUUCUUUUAAAAUACAGUUUUUACUCAAACUACGUCCCGUCAAAUGCACAAUAUUUAAAAUUGUUUAUACUCUCACAUCUUUAUAUCUUCUACAGUAAAAAGUGAGAUUCUCAAAGGUGCUGGCAAUUGGGGUACCAUCAAGAAAUAAGAACUUCCCCUGAAUUAUUUGUAAUGAAAUGCUUUGCCAGGGACUGGGAGGAAUUGCCUAGAGGCUUAUGGUUGCUGAUUGGAUACUAGAUGCUCCUUUAGUGGAAGUUGGCAGCAUUUAUUGCUACCGUUAAGAUAGAGGUAAAAAGCCUCAAAAUUCAAAUUGAGAAGUUUGCUCAUCUUCAGAAAGAGAAGUUUUAGUUACCUUGUAUUCUGUAGUACUGAGUGUUAAAGAUCAAAUUAUAGUUGGCAACAAGCUGCAUAUUAGGAAGAUGUGCAUGAGCACAUGCAAUGGCAAUUCUACACCAGGCACAUCCUGCUCGAUAACAGUCAUCCAGCACGUCCAUCACUUGGAAUGGAAGGGUCCAUUUGUGUAAAUGACUUCUGCCAACACCACCCAAAGCAGGUGCACAUGAAUGCUGGCUCUUUCUUGUGUUACCAGGAGCUUGAUGGAGAUUACCUCAAGUUUGCCACCCACAGUUGUUAGUCUCUACCAAGAGCACUGUAAGAUGGUCACCACGAAUACUUCUUUGUAUUCCAAGGACCUUCUCCAUAGUUCCUGCCUAUUGCCUGAGAGAAUUAUAGUCAUGAUUGGCCCCUUUUCUUUUUGUAGAUGACAAGUUCAUAAGUGUCUUCUGAAGGCACCUGCCGGGUAUGGAAUGUGUGUCCUCGCGACAAGAAACAGGGAAGGUCUUGGUCACCAUGGGGAGGUUUCACUGCAUCUGCCUUCAGGGAAGAGAUAACCAGAUUAGACAUGUGCUGAAUACAUUGCAGGGAUGCUGAUUCUGCACCAGCUGUUUCUCUACAUGAGAAGACAAGAGAUGUAAUUCACCUAAACAGGUUCCUAAUAUGUGGAGAUGAUUUCUUUUUCUCUUCAUUGGAACUCAGGAAUCUGAAUCUUCUUUUGAAGAUAGGUGCCUGUUGUAGAGAGGAGGAGGAGGCAGCACUGAUUCCCUCAAGGUCCUUUUAACUCCCUGCUUUUCCAUGGUUUGAAUGAAUUCAGUGCUGACUAAAAGAGCUCUCAGUCUUGAAGUGCCUUGCCAAUUACCACUCACGCAUUCAGGGCUUAGGUGCAUAAUUUUGGUGCUUCCAAUCAUGCAUAGCAACCCAAGCAGAAAAUCCCAGGAAACCUAUCCAGAAUGAGGGCAUUUGGGUUUGAACACUUUUAGGAUACAGGUGGACACGAAGCGAGGUAUUCUGGAUGUCCAAGAUUUACCUUUUGGGUGGAAUUUUUGCAGCCUGGAGGAGUACGUUAUGCUUCAGCCCAAACUAGUGUCUACCAUUCAGCUAUAUGCAUGAAUUUAAUUAGUUAAGUCCAUGUCUACGUGUUAGUGUUUAUUCUUUUGAAAACGCAACGCAUUAAGCAGCUGCUGUGUUUUGACAGCAGCAUCAGACCAAACAAUGGCUCUUCUGCGUUGAAGAAAUAAGGUGACUUUCAUAAGAUUCUUCUUUCAGAAGUGUUUUAGAAUAAAUGUAAGCAGUCUGUUAUUGCCUGGUGAUAAAUUAUCUUAGUCACAUUAUGUUACUUGCUUUCCUUCAUUUCUUUUCAGCUCCAGAUUCAGUAACCUACAGUCAUCCAUAAGUCAACUCAGAUCAUUACUGGUGGAGGGAGUCCCAUCUGAGUAGCAGUAUUCUCUUGCCUAGCAAAUUAACUGUGAAAACCCAUCACUCCCAGAUUUGCAGUGUGGUAUAUCUAAUCGAGUCCUUUCAAACCCACUCAUUUCUUAGUGCAGUCAUAAUUCCAAAAGCUACGACAUCAUCUUUUAGGUGUGAUUACUCUUUUUCACAAGAGGCCUUUCCACACUGGAUUUAUCUACGUGUUGGUUUCAGCUUCCAGAGAUCAAGCGACCACCUUGAAAAUCUGGAGAACCUGCUCAAAUGUAGGAGAGAAAGAUGGCUCAGACUGUAAAUACAGUCAGACACUUUUGUUAAUCCAUGGUGCAAAUUCCUCACAUACUGACCUCUAACAGUGCCACGAUCACAAAUCAAAACUGGUGUUGAAUUUAGUGAUAGCACCAGACUGUAAUAAUCUAAAUGGACUGUAUUACUACAGGCUGACAUAAAUAUAUAUUUUUUAAACAAAAUUCAUUACAGAAAAGUAUGCAAUGUGGGUGGCCCCCAUACCUCAGGAAAAAACCCAAACACUGUAAUGACUGUCUCAUGCCCUUUUCAUUUUCUUUCUAUCACUUUAAUAUUUCAUAUAAGGCACUGUUGGGCAGCUUCUGCCCUUUGCGGCAAGGAAAACUGGUUGAGAGUCACUAACAGAGAAUAAUUAAAAAGCUGCUGUUUAGCCAAUGGAA